GCCUGCAGACAUAGACACCCUCUGCAGCAGGAAGUGGACCCCGUGACCUGCCAUCAUUGCCCCCGCAGGAGCUGGGCCCACCACCCGCCGCCCGCCACCCUCCGCCCUCCGCCCUUCGUGCCCCGCAGCAGAGAGGGCACUAGAAGAGCCUGGGCCCCUCCUGAGGGCCAUCCAGCUCCGCAGGCUCCCUCGGCCACCGCCUCCUGCUGCGACCUGAGGGCCCCCAGGCCAGGCCAUGGCCCUCCCUCGGCUCCUCUGCAUGUGGCUGCUGGUCGCCGGGACUCGAGGCGUGGAAGACGGUGACGUGCGGCUGGCCGAUGGGGGCACCGCCAACCAGGGCCGCGUGGAGGUCUUCUACCAAGGCCAGUGGGGGACUGUGUGUGACAACCUGUGGAACCUGCUGGACGCCACUGUCGUCUGCCGAGCCCUGGGAUUCGAGAAUGCCACUGAGGCCCUGGGCAGAGCCACCUUUGGGCAAGGAACCGGCCCCAUCAUGCUGGACGAAGUGCAGUGCACGGGAACAGAGCCCUCGCUGGCCAACUGCUCCUCCCUGGGCUGGCUGAUGAGCAGGUGCGGGCACAACCAGGACGCCGGCGUCAUCUGCAGCAACGAAACCAGAGGCAUCUACACCUUCGACAUGUCCGGCCAGCUCCCCGCAGCCCUCGAGCAGAUCUUUGACAGCCAGGAGGGCUGCGACCUGUCCAUCAUAGUGAAGGUCCAGGACGCCGAGCGCCAGCGCCUGUGCGCCCACCGGCUGAUCCUGGCCAGCAACCCCGAGGCCCAGGCCCUGGGGAAGGCGCCGGGCAGCGUGGCCACCAUGGAGGUGGACGCCGAGUGCCUGCCCAUGGUCAGAGGCUUCGUCAGGUACUUCUAUUCCCGAAGGGUGGACCUCUCCCUGUCGACGGUGAAGUGCUUCCACAAGCUGGCCUCCGCCUUCGGGGCGCAGCAGCUGCAGCGCUACUGCGCAAGCCUCUUCGCCGUCCUCCUCCCGCAGGACCUCUCCUUCCAGGCGACCCUGGACCUCUACGACUACGCGCUGGCCACCCGCGACGCCACACUGGAGGACCUCUGCGAGCAGUUUCUGGCCUGGAACUUCGAGGCCCUGACCGGGGCUGAGGCCUGGCUGCACGUCCCCACGGCCCUGCUCCGCGCCCUGCUCUCCAGGAGCGAGCUGGCCGUGCCCAGCGAGACAGCCCUGCUGAUGGCCGUGGACACCUGGAGCCAGGCGAGGGAAGCCAGCCACGCGGAUGUGGAAGGCCUCCUGGAGAGGGUCCGCUUCCCCAUGAUGCUGCCUGAGGACCUCUUCCAGCUGCAGUUCAACCUGACGUUGUACCGGGGCCACCGGGCGCUCUUCCAGCGGAGGGUCCUGGAGGCCCUGGAGUUCCACACAGUGCCCCUCCGGCUGCUGGCUCAGGACAGAGGCCUGAACCUCAGCAAGGACGCCUACCAGCCCCGGCUUUACACCUCGCCCACCUGGAGCUCGCCGGUGGGGAAAGGCUCCCAAGACCCCUACAACUAUUAUUACUAUGGCCAUUACCGCUAUACCUCCUACCAGUCCUUCCGGACCCCAGUGCACCCCAGCUUCCUCUUCCAGGCCCGUGAAGUCACCUGGUCCCCCUACGACCUGCCCACCGUCCAGCGCUGCUGGGACUACGGGUUCUCGUGCUCCUCUGACGAGGUCCCAGCCCUCGGCCUUUCCAGGUCUGGCUACUCGGAUCCCACCAUCGGCUACGGAAACAAAGCCCUGAUGCUCUGCGGGGGGCGCUUCGUGGCCGACGUCACCGACUUCGAGGACAGGAAGGCCACGAUCCCCAGCACCCUGGAUACCCACAGCUCCAAGAGAGCAUCCGUCUUCCCCUGCCCGGAAGGGCCCUUCAGCAGCUUCCGAGUGGUCAUCCGCCCCUUCUACCUGACCAACUCCUCGGGCGUGGACUAGCCGGGAGGCUGCCCCACCCCUGCAGAGGGCAGGCAGGCAGAAGGGCCGGGCCCCGCCCCUCGAGCCUGGCCAAGCUCCCUCCUCUCUGCAGUGCCUCCCACAACCGGCCUCCAGGGGUCCCCCUGCCUCCGCAGACCUCCCCGAGCUUAAAGGAAUGGCUGGAGGGCAGGCCGGAACGGCUGCCCCCUGCCCACGGGAAGCUGGGAAGCUGCGAGUCAGCAGGGUCGUGGACUGUGGACUUCCCGCCCUGCCUUUGGCUUGCUCCAUCCUCUGUUGUCCCUUUCUAAAAUGAAUCAUUAAAACCGC